AUGCUACCAGUUCACAUGACGAGAUAUGGCUUAUUCAGUCAGUGUGGCUAUGACCGACACAUUACUGCAUCUACUGAGCGUUUUUUCUCAACAGGACAUGCUUUGUGAAUACUGAAGUAGUUUUCUUUCUAUCUUCAGGCCGCAGAGAAACGUAAACAACAACAGUGACGCCACAGUUUUAGCUAUCGGCCCGUGAAGUCAAGUGCAGUUUGUGCUGCGUCGCACCGAAGACCCACCUGCGCCUGCAGCGGCGACACAACCACACUUCUCCGGGCUUUUUUUACACUGUUUCUGGGCUACAGAGACAAAAAAAGUGAGGUCUGUCCUGUAGUGUGGUCAGAACCGAAGGAUGAAACUCUCUCGCGCUUUGGCCGUGCUCAUCAUCGCCUCGUUUGCUGUUUUAGGUCGUAUUCAGGCUGUUACGCUUGAGGUGAAUGAGGGGAACUCCACUUGCAUUAAGGCUGAGCUUUCUGCAUCAUUCUCCAUCACAUACAACACCUCCAGCAGCACAACAACAGUGCAGGUCUCUCUGCCUGACUCCGCCACAGUCGAUACAGGCAGCAGCUCUUGUGGCACAGACGGCAGCUCACCAUGGCUGGUGGCAGUGUUUGGACCGGGCCACGCACUGGGGCUGAGCUUUUCAACCAAUGGAAGUCUGUACAGUGUGGCUAACCUGACGCUACAGUACAACCUCAGCGACACUUCCUUCUUCCCUGAUGCCAACAGCUCUGAUGUGGUCACUGUGGUGUCGGCUUCAGUUGGGAUCUGGGCGCCGAUCAACACCACCUACCGCUGUGUGAGCCCCACCGCUUUUAGAGUUGGUGAAGAAAAUGUCACUUUCUCUGAUAUGAGGCUAGAGGCGUACAUGCCCGGAAAUGACCUGAGUCCAACAGAAAGCGUAUGUGUGGCAGAUAAGGCCAGUACUACAGCUCCACCCACCACCACCACUGCUGCUACUACUACAACAGCACCGCCAGUACCAACCCCUCCAGGAUCACCUGAACGGGGCUCCUACUCUGUGAACAACAGCAACGGAACAGUUUGUCUCCUGGCCCAGAUGGGACUGCAGUUCAACAUCUCCUAUGUCUCUAAAUCUCAGAAUAAGACUGUCCAAGAUAUAGUAAACCUGACUCCUAAUAUGACAAGUUCUUCAGGAUCAUGUGAAGCCAGCAGAGCUUCCUUGGUUUUGACACAAGAGCAAGCAACCACGCUCAGCUUCACCUUCACUUUGAACUCCACGACCAACAAGUACCACCUGAGUGGGAUAGUUCUGUUCGCCAAUUGGCCAGAUAUGACUGCUCCCUUCUCAGCCAGAAACAUUAGUCUGAACUACCUGCGGAGUACACUGGGCCGCUCAUACAUGUGCAACGCAGAGCAAACUUUGAUUGUGGAACCAACCUUCUCUCUAAACACAUUCAGACUGCAGGUCCAACCUUUCGGAGUCACCACCAGUCAGUUUGCUACAGCGGAGGAGUGUCAGAUGGACCAAGACCAGAUGCUCAUCCCCAUCAUUGUUGGAGCAGCGCUUGCCGGCCUGGUGCUGAUCGUGCUCAUUGCGUACCUAAUAGGCAGGAAGAGGAGCCAUGCUGGAUACCAGACCAUCUGAAUGGACCCUUCAUUUAACUUAAACCUGACAGACUCAAUAGUGGAGAGAUGAACCUUAGUGUGUGAAUGAGCAAGUGGACACGAGCAUGAGUGAAUGGAAGCAGUUGUUUCUCUGUGGUGAGUGCAUGUUUUUGCAUAUCCUUUGUGACCUCUGGAUAGUUUAUUUUCCCUUCCAUUUCUCUGUGGAAUGAUGAUGAGAAGCCAAAUACCUGCUAAGUUUAGAUGGUGUGCAUCUUUAUGACACUUGAGAGGACUGAGUCUCCACAUAAUCAAAGAUGGAUGCAGUUUGAAUUUGCUUUAGUAAGUUCACCGCCAGCUGUUCGGCUCUACUCUUGUUUCAUUAUGUUCUAGGGAUUUGAAUUUGCUUGAACUUCUGUCUGUUGUUGUUAGCUAUGUAAAAUAGCAUUUUAAGAGUGAGAGUCAAAGUAACUUAAGACAAAGCAAAUUUUUUAAAAGUUCCAAUGGCUUGGCCGCUAUUGGUCUUAAGUUUGACAAUUUAGGAUGUCUGCACAAGUAAAAACAUUCAAAGUGGAGUUUUAUUCUUACACAUGCUCACCAGUAUUUUUUUUAAAUUCAUGAGCAUAAGAUAAUCCCAGUUACUCCAAGAGAAGGGAACACUCUGAAUGUGUCUUUUUCAAUCAUAUUCCUCCACAGUGGAGACAGAUAAAGUCUGAACUGCCCCAUUGGUGCACUGAGGCACAAUAAAGUAACUGGUAAUUGUGAUGAUGAAAAUGUGGAUUGCUGCUUUGUGCGUAGUGGUCCGACCAUGCACAUAGUGCGACUCUGCAUUACUAAAAUGUAUUUAACAGGACAAGUGAACAGGUGCAUUGGUUAAUUUUCUAUUCUUGCUUUUCCCCACCCUCUCCCAAAAGAAAUAUCAAUAUGAAGUGUAGUGAUUUGAUCUUUUAUUUUUAUAGAAAAUGAUGUGAUCUCGUUUUCUAUUAUGCAUCUUACUGAAAGUUAAUAAAAAUCUUAAAAAUCCA